GCGUGCUCUGCUUUGUGUAAACAACACAAACAAACACACCCAGGAUGAGACGUGUUGUUUUGUUUCUGUUUGGACCGUGAUAUUGAGUGGCGGCACGACACACUCGAAAAACAGAAAGAAAGAGAAGAAAGAGAGAGAGAGAAAGAAAGAAAGAAAGAAAGAGAGAAAACAGGUUGCUAUGACAACCAGCGCAACAAGGUUUGUUGUCAUUAGCAACCAAACUAGCGUUCGUUCGGGACCUGAAGGCUUUGGUUAGCCUCGCGGUUUACUAGCUAGUGAGUAGUUUAAAACACCAAGUAACGUUAAGGUAACUCUUAUUUAUUACAUAAACAAUGGACUCAGACUCGUUAUACUACUCUUUUGAACUGGUUGCCGGUAGCGGAUACACUUUAAACGUUGAGCAAAGAACCGCUCUGCAGACUUCCUUGGUGAUCCUGAAGAAGAACUACAAGUUCCGUCGAGUCUUGUUUUGGGGCAAAAUACUGGGAUUAAAGGAGGAUUACUUUAUCGCCCAGGGGAGAGGAGAGGAUGAGAUGCAGGAUAGAAAGAAUCUCUAUAGCUUCAACUGCAUGGACUGGCUCCUGCUCCCCCCUGUCACCGACUCUAUGGUGGAGGAAGUGUCCAAAGCAGCAAAGGGUCGCUUCAUAGGAGACCCAUCGUAUGUGUAUGAGCAUUUUGAGAUCCACAGGCAAGGAGAGAUGGAUGAGGAGGAGGUAGCGACCAAAGUCAAGGAGGAGAGCAGGCUCGCAGUAACAGUUCAUCAGAUCGAUGAGCAAGUGUCUGUGGCACCCCGCGGUGCCUUCGUCAAGAGUCCGCACGGCCAUGUCCAGAUCAACCGCAGCUUUGGUGGUCUGUCUCACUCAGAAGCGGGGAAGCUUGACAACUUCCUUCACUUCAGAGAACCAAAGAAUCUGAAGAAGAAAUCCAUCCUGGAAAUGGGCGAUUUGAACCCGGCUAUCGACUUCCUGGAUGUGCUGAGUGAUGAUAUUCCUAAAGGAUCAUGGAGUCUUCAGUUUGAAUGUGCCAGCAAAGUGUGCGUGCUUCGCAGCCUGUUGUGGCUCGGCCUGACCUCCUACCAUGUGCCGAUGACGCCACAGCACGGAUACAUCUAUAUCGGUGAUGGGACCAAGAAUUUGGACCUUCCCUUCAUGCUAUAAAAAGAUACAUCGUACACCUAUUUCAAGCUAGAAAUCCCCUUCGUGUAUCAACCCUCAAAAUGUAUCAAACGCAACAUAUUGCUGGAGUUUUUGUUUGUUUUAGCUGAAAAGAAAUAAACUGAAGA